AUGGCCUCGGCCGAACGUGAGAUGCAAAGACUUAAAGAAGAUCUGACCGAAUGCAGACGCGUUAUGAAUGAGCACAAGCGUGAGGGCGACUCUAACAUGGACAAGCUUGAAAAGACCAAUGAAAAACUUAGAGUAAGUUAG